AUGGCAACAUCAGAUGAAUUUAAAGAAAAACGUUCAACUAAUAAACGAAAACGUGAAACGAACGAAGAAGUAAAUGUUCAUAUGGAUACAGAACAAAAUUCAUCAGCACAAUUUCCACAAAUAAAUCCAGCUCAAUUAAAAGAUGAAACUGAUGGCUUUCGUAAAGUACCCAUACCUGCACAUCGUUAUACACCAUUAAAAGAACAAUGGAUGAAAAUUUAUUCACCUAUUGUUGAAUAUCUUCAUUUACAAAUACGUUUUAAUUUAAAAACACGUUGUGUUGAAAUCAAAACAUCUGAUCAAACUGAAGAUAUUCAAGCAUUACAAAAAGCUGCUGAUUUUGUUAAAGCAUUUGGACUUGGCUUUGAUGUUGAUGAUGCACUUGCAUUAAUUCGUCUUGAUGAUCUCUUUCUAGAAUCAUUUGAAAUUAAUGAUGUUAAACCAUUGAAAGGUGAUCAUUUAUCGAGAGCUAUUGGUCGUAUUGCAGGUAAAAAUGGUCGAACAAAAUUUGCAAUCGAAAAUGCAACACGAUGUCGAAUUGUACUUGCUGAUGAUAAAAUUCAUAUUCUGGGUUCAUAUCAAAAUAUUCAAAAUGCACGAACAUCAAUUUGUAAUCUGAUCUUAGGCUCACCACCAUCAAAAGUCUAUGGAAAAUUGCGAACUGUAGCUGCGAGAACAGCGGAAAGUUUUUGA